AUGGCCCCUGAGAUCGAGAAAACGGUCUCGCAAGACCAGUGCCAGAAGGCACGUGGUGAUGAUGACACAAUAACAAGACUAGAGAAGAGUAUUGGGCCGCCGUCUGUCGCCGCCACGCUUGCCGUAUCCAUUGCCGCGGGCGGCUCCGUCACGCUGCGGUACGGCAUUGUCCUGAUUUUUAUCCUGGGGACAGCGUGCGCUCUCACCAUGGCCGAGAUCGCGUCCGUGUAUCCGACUUCGGGCGGGCAAUACCAUUACACAAACAUCCUGGCUCCGAGAAGGUACAGCCGGGUCCUGAGCUAUAUCUGCGGAUUACUCAAUGUCUUUGGCUGGAUCGUGCUGGCUGCAGGCUUCACCAUCACCAUCCCGCAGAUGAUCACAGCGCUAGUAAUGUACUGGGAUCCGGCCUACGACCCCCGGAGGUGGCUCAUGUUUCUCAUGUAUCAAGCCGUGAAUCUUUUCUUUGCAGCGUACAACAUCUUGCUGCUGAAGCGCACUGCGUGGCUCUACGAUGUCGGCUGUCCCACCCCGAAGCAGCCCAACCAACUUGUCUGGAGCGCCUUCAUCAACACCACGGGCUGGGCGUCGGACGGCAUUGACUUUCUGACCGGCCUUCUCAAUGCCAACUUCAUUUACUCCGGCCUCGACGGAGCCAUCCACAUCGCCGAGGAUUGCAUCAACCCUGCGGUGGCGGUUCCGUGGGCCCUCCUCUCGACCGUGACCAUUGGCGGGGCGACGGCCUUUGUGUUUGCCGUGGCCAUGACAUACUCGUAUCAUAAUUUUGAUGCGGUCCUGGCUUCUCCAUUCCCCAUCUUCGAGCUAUGGCAACAAGCCCUCUCCAGCCCCGCCGCCGCCACCGCUUUCCUGCUCAUUCUCAUGCUAUGCGGCUCCUUCGGCGUGCUCGGCGCCCUGCAAACGGCCAGCCGGCUGACGUGGUGCUUCGCGCCCGACGACGCCCUCGUGGGCUCCCACCUGCUCCGCCGCAUUAUCCAUCCCCAUCCCCAUCCUCAUCCCCAUUCCCGGCUCGCAGGCGUCCCUGUCUGGGCGCUCUCGGCCAACUGUGCCGUCGUCGCCCUGGGCUGCCUCGGUUUCGCCAUCCCCGCCGCGCUGGUCCUGCGCUAUCGCCUGAGGGGCAGGGAGGCUGUCGACCGAGUCCUCCUGUCGUCGUCGUCGUCCAAGUUUAGGUUGCCCAGUGCCGUGGGCUGGGUGGCUAACACGCUGACCGUUGUCCAUGGCCUGGUUGCGCUCGUGUUUUAUAGCCUCCCGGCUCAGCUGCCUGCUACAGGAAGCAAUAUGAACUAUGCGUACGCUGUUUUGGGCAUCAUUGCUCUGUUUGCGGCUGGAAACUGGAUUUGGUAUGCGAGGACGCGGUAUCAGGGGCCGCGGCUGGACGGACAGUAG